GCGGGGCACCAUCAUUCGUAAUUGUGUACGUAGAUGAUAGGUAGGUAAAUAUCGUCUGAACUCAAACACCACGAACUGCAACGCGUCGGCCUUCCAAGCAUCCACGGAUGGGGUACGUUGCUAGAUCAACCAGGCGCUCAGACUACAUAAAAGCAAGAGGUCUCUCGCACCGUAUUCUCUUCCUUCUUUUCUCUCCAUCGUUCGCUCGCUCAACGGUUCUCACUCUCAACCCAUCACUUAACAGACUUAUCUCAUCAUUCUCCGACGCGCAUUUCCGAGAUGCCUCCUCCUAAUACCCCCGAAGGAGUGGUUACGGCGCCGGCAUCGCCACCGGCAUCUCCUGCUGCCUCUCAGCCAACAGCACUACUUACGGGCGGCGGGGCCGGUAACACGCCGCUCCCCGAACCUGAGAUUCUGGAGCUGGAUUAUUUAAGCAUCGAGUACGUCGGGCCUGUUGAUGAGACACUGCUCUGCCCGAUCUGCCGCACGCCCUUCCACUCGCCAGUAAUGAUGCCCUGCGGCCAUACAUUCUGCGUCGGAUGCAUCAACCAGGCGCUUGAGGCGCGGUCGGUCUGCCCGCUUGACCGUCAGCCGAUCAACAAGACACGGGACUACUGCCGAUCACCAUUGAUCGUCAAGGAGCAGCUUGAUCGGCUCAAGGUUAAAUGUCCAAACAGGCGUUGCGACUACGAAUGCAAUCGCGAGCAUCUGCGGGGACACUAUGAGCGCCGCUGCGAAUAUACUCCGGUCCGCUGCCCCAUACCGGACUGCACGAAGUACGUUGCCCGACGAGACGCGAAAUCUGAGAAUGGUUGCCUACACAAAGAGUUUCCCUGCCAGUACUGCGGAGAGGCCGUCACAUCUGCGGAUUGCGACGAUCAUUACACCGACAGCUGCAAGGGCGCCAUAGUGUCGUGUGACGAGUGCGGAGAAACAGUAGUACGUCAUCGCCUGGGGAAACAUCUGGCACAGGACUGCCCUGAGGGGAUCGCACGAUGCAAGUGGCAUGCGGCUAAGUGGCAUCGGGCUAGGUGCCAGGUGAAGGGCAAGCGCCGAGACGUUCGAGAGCACGAACGUGGGUGCGCGUAUGAGUUUAUCAAUGAAUUGAAGGACCUGCGGGACCAGCGGGCCCGACGGGAGGCUGAAGAUCGCCAGAUGAUCAAUGAUCUUGCCGCCCGCCUUGCCAGAGUAGAGGCAGCCAGCAGGAGGAAACGCCGGCCUCGUGAGCGGCGUGAGAGGCAUGAACAGGGGAACGAACCAGCGCCGAUGAACGAAACACCGCUCAACCCUGGGAACACUGAAACUGCCAGCCGCUCAAUCCCCACCCGAAACGACGAGACGUCUCUAUUACCAGAUUUCCCAGUCGAUAACGGAGCCCGGGCCUCCCCGGAAGCCCCUUCUCCAGAAGACUACAUGCUGGCGCAAUUCGAGCGCAUAGAAGGUCAUCUUGAAGAUCUCCGAAAGCAAAUGAUGGAGAUGGACGCCCACCAGUCGUUGGGCCUGUUGCGGACGACGGCUCGCUUCAACGAACAGUUUGCUGAGCUCGGCAGCAAAGUGGGCGUCCUCAACAUGCACACUACUUGGCUGAUGAACAUGCAGCGGCAGACCCACGUGCAGCAGAGGACCGGGUCGACGACGGCGGGGCCACCUACCGCUGGGAUAUCCCACACUGAUGACACGAGUACCACAGGGGCGUUAUCUUCUGGAACCGGCGUUCGUUACCAGGCUGCCAGUCGACGGAGUAGCAGUUCCGGAAGGGGAGAGCAUCCUCCACGGCUCUAAGGGGUGAGAAUGGCUGAUAUCUUUUACCGGGUUUCUGAGUUGCACAGGCGUCUGCGUGUGGAGUUAUUUGGUCAUGGUACAACAACGAGCAUGGCAUAUGGACAACGUACCUCGCGACGGGCAUUUCAGGCAUUGGAUGGCUAGGCGUGUUGUCACUUCUUUGAGUUGGGUAUUCGUUCGGGGAAAUGCAUCACCGGGAGACAUGCAACGGCGCAUCAGGAGGUGGCGAUAUUAUAUUAGAGAUAUGACACAAGUCGAUGAGCGUGAAGUAGACAGGAUGUCACACUAAUCAGGAGA